UGUCCCUGGGUAUCGAGACCGCCGGAGGUGUCAUGACCGUCCUGAUCAAACGUAACACCACCAUUCCCACCAAGCAGACCCAGACCUUCACUACCUACUCCGACAACCAGCCUGGUGUGCUCAUCCAGGUCUACGAGGGUGAGCGUGCUAUGACAAAGGACAACAACCUACUGGGCAAGUUUGAGCUGACAGGCAUCCCUCCUGCUCCUCGUGGUGUUCCCCAGAUCGAGGUGACAUUUGAUAUUGAUGCCAACGGCAUCCUUAAUGUCUCCGCUGUCGACAAGAGCACCGGCAAGGAGAACAAGAUCACCAUCACCAACGACAAGGGUCGUCUCAGCAAGGAG